CGACAACAUCGAAGCCUGGUUCAGCUACUCAUAAGCUAACUUCUACGAGCGUGGCGUGAUCGAUUCAUGAGCACAAUUCCUCUCAGUAAUGAAGGCACUACCGCGCGAAUUCAACAGGUACGUCACACCUAGUAUGUUCACCAGUGAUAUUUCGAGAACUUAUGAAACCCUAAAGUGGUCUAUUCUUAAACGCGGAGAUCUGACCGAUCGAAAAAGGUUAGAUCAACUCCUCAAUAGCAUCGAUGUACAAUAUGGCUCGUCAACGGAUGUGUUGUUACAAAUGAGAGAGGUCAUUAUUGACCAAUUGGUCAACGGACAUUCGACGACGGACUGUUUAUGCAAUUUCUAUUAUCUGAGAUUCCUCGACAGCUGCAUGCAGUGCUUGUCUCACUUCAAAAGGAUGUUGUGAACGAGAUGACUGUCUACCGACUGGAUUCUUGAGAUCACCAGAACUUCAAACGCCGAGGUUUUAUCAGUCAAAGAAAAACCCCAAACGACACGAACUGACGUUAUGAAACCCUGUCAUACUCUGACACGUUACCUUCGUAUUUUUCAUAACCGUAGACUAUCACAAACUCCUCGGAGGAGUUCUUCAUGAAGACUAUCUGUCUCAUGAUCGCGAGAGACAGAUGAUCCCGAUUUGUUCUGGUAUCAUAAUCAGUAUAGAUAACCUUCUCGGAAUCGUAGAAAGCCCUGCAAUUUCCCUGUCACUAUUAAGCAUAUGAUCGAUACAUACCAUCAACCAAUACUUGAUAAAUACCCUGAGAUAUGCCAAACACUGCCGAAAUCGUCAUAUGUAACCAGCAACUUUACGCAUCAAAUCGUGACUACAGGAUUACCCGUAGUCUCAAAAGCUCUCCGACUAGCUGCUGAAAAGCUUAGGUUGGCCUAAAACCAAUUCAGUCAAAUGAUAGAUAUAGGAAUCAUUCGUCCACCAAACAACCCAUGGGUCCCUAAAAAGGACGGCGACGACUGGCGUCCAACUAGUGACUAUCGGUGAGUGAAUGCGAAAGCCAUUCCACAUCAUUACCUGUUGACUAAAAUUCACUAUUCGACAGCUACCCUGAAAGGUACAACUAUUUCUUUCGAAAAGCGUAUAACCAAAUUCUUACUGCUGACUACAUUACUGAUACUGUUAUCAUCACCCCUUCCUGCCUGUACGAAUUUUUGCACAUGCCUUUCGGUUUAAGAUAUGCUACACAAACCCUAAAACUGAGUAUUAAACAGAUGGGACCACUCGUAUUACUUGGUAUUUGCAAUGUAGUGAAUGCUGGCAUUGAAUAUAUUGCAGCUCAACUCGUUUACGGAACGACCCUCCGACUUCCGGGAAAAUUCAUAGAUCCUUCAUCCUUAAUGGAUAUUUAACUUUGUAUGUCCAAUAUGCAUGUUAGCCCACUUGGUCGCGUUGAUAGGCAUCAGCCAAUUAAUUAGAACAUCUACGUUCUCUGCUCUGUCCUGAUUUUCCUCCAUCAUUUGAGACCCCGUAAUUAUGUUGAGAAUCCAAUGCCGCCUCCUUUUCCGUAAUGUAUGUGCAAGGACAGUUUCCUCGUCUACUUGAUUGGAGAUUGGGCCAACUGCUUUUAAUAUUUUCUCUGGGUCGCCUGGAUUAUGAUUAUACACUUUCGUACCGACCUGUAGCGUUCCAUCGUAUUCUCUGUGCCAAGGCUGAUGGCGACUUUCCAAUAUUUCCUUUGUCUUGGUAAAUGUCAAAUAUUGCGGUCUAUCCAGAGAUGGCUGUGCUUCUUUGGGACUGUCCGUGGUAUAAAUGAUUGAGUUACUUGAUUGUAUAACUGCCAGAAAUAAGUCCAUGCCCCUUCUACUGAUGCCCUUGAGUCAAUUAUCCAGUUUUCAGCCGAGGCUUCAGAGUUUAUCGCCUCCAUGUCUGCCUUCCCUAUGUUAGGACUGGCUAGCACAAAUGUUUGACAGGCCAUGAUCUUUAAUAAGAUGACUGCAUGACCACUUCUCCUUAAAGGUUUUCCUCACCGGCGUUCAUCUAUUUCUACCUCUGCCUAUCGUCUCUUAAUACGAUCAACCAGGCUAAGAUUCUCACGAAUAUACAUUCCUGGUUUAGUCAGUUUGCGUGAAUUUUCCAGUAUUAGGUUUCUUUCUUCAGCCGAAAAAGGUAACCUUUAAGAUACGGCUUUUUUGAGUGCUUUCAGAAUCCACCUUUCGUCCUAUUCUACAAAGCCUACGAAUGCUAACUCCUGCUACUGUUUCUUGAAGUAGCUUGUUUGUUAAGGACUUAUUGUGGCCUAGAUCGUGUUCAAAUUUAACCUUUGGUUCCUUUUCGGAAGACUCCUAACUUAAGACAAAUGACUUACCUCUUGGCGAGAUCCGUUUUGACAAGCUGUGAAGUUCUGUUUCCUGAAUUCUCAUUCCUGCAGUCCUAUUCGACGUAGGACGUACAUGUCUCACUCUGUUUCCUUAGUUUUCUAGUCAAUCAUUGACCUUAUUUUGUCGCUUGAUCAAAUAAUCUACAUCGCUUUGCUCCUCCAUAGUCUGUUUUGUGUUGAUAUGGGGAUUGGAAACUUAAGCCGUCGACCCGUAUCUCAGAACCCUCUGUAAUUUUUUUCUCUUUUAGCGUGCUUUUUCUUGUUUAUAACCAUACCUACUUCUGUGUGUUUGUUAUCCACUGCGUUAUGAGGGUCCACCUCAAUGGUCUCAUUUAAAUUUGAAGCUGGACUCAUGAUAACGCUCCCUGCUUUCUCGAAAACUGACAGCUACUCAUCUGCUGCUAUAUGUUUGUCUGAGGGUAUCUUCCUGGCUAAAUUCAGCAGCUCAAAAGUCAGCAGAGGCUUUGUAGAGCAGCAUGCUUUGCACAGCCAACGUGAUAGUGGCUUGCAACACCUUUUAUGUGCAGCCGGUAUGAGUCCGGUGCACACGUGAUACCGAUUGUUGCAGUUGUCAUAUUACAUUCCAUUCUCGGCCGAAAGAAGCAUGUGGGUUUGUCACAACGACGUUUUUGCGCCAUUAAAAUUCUCAACACAAAAAGCAAAACAAAAAUACUAAUCCCUUGAAUAAGUGUUUUUUAGGCUCUAAAGUGAUAGACACUUAACACAAAGGGUUGGGACUUCUAUGUUGCGGUAACUGAAAAAUCCGGCCUAAAUAAACACAAAAGAAGCUUUUACACCUUAGAAUACAAUCAAAACUAAAAGAUUUGCUCCUUGAGGAAAAAUACCUCUGCCCUUUUUAUUUUGCUCUCUUGUAUGCGUCGUUGAUCCAUCAUACGAAUGUAAAAACGCUCAGAAAUGCUAGGCAUUACUAUUUUUUACCGUCGAAUAAAAAGUGGGUAACUUCACACCCGUUAACUACGUAACUGCUUAGCAUUGUAGUUUUGAGUGACCUGCAAUCCAAGUGCUUCAUGUCUAAGAAUCUGCAUUAAGUUUUUCACUUUGUUUCGUAGUAGCUUAUAGUGUUAUUACUCACCUGACUUUACUUGGUCAUUACAUAAAAUCUACGGUAUGCAGUUUCCAUUUCCUUAAGGUGUGGGAACCGUCGUCCAAAAAGUCAGUAUCAAAAUGCACACUGAGUUUGUUUGACCUCAGUAGUGUCCUAAACACAGUAAUUUCAAUUUGAUAGUUGCUACUUUUCCAGAUGGUUUUGGCGUUCCAAAAAACGGAGCUGACUGAAAAUUGUCUGUGUUGUUGCUCAUAUCGGUUUACACUAAAACUCACCAGUUACAUACCCUAUUUUCUAUAAUCCAUCACUAUUCCAACGUCAAAUAGAUUACAAACAUGAUGGAACCCGAUUUAAUUUCAGAUGUAGUGGAGAAUAGAUCUUUUACCAAUAGACUAAGCACAGUUAUUUUAGCAGUUGGAUUAGCUAACCCAACCUCCUUAUUUUUGGGAAAAUUCUAUAGAAAACUUUUGAGAAGUGGCACAAAAACCCGAAAAUUUACCCAGGUCUGAGGAAAUCCCCAAAAUGUUUGGGGGAGUUUUGAGUUUACCCCAAUAUUUCCACAGAAUCGUAUAACACUGGGGAAAACUACCAUAUUACUUACGACUUUGGGGAAAACUCCGCAAUUUACCCAAAGUUCCCCUAAGAUAGUGAGUCCAUGCUUAUUAAAUCUACUCUUUUAUCACUGAAAACUUUCUUGGUUUGGAGAACACAGAAUGUUCGUUAAUAUCAUUCUAAGACCAUUGCAAUCAGUUUUAGGCCAUUUAAACCAACCACUGUUAGAACCCGUAAGUAUAGCGUUCUCAUUGUGCUAUCGAACUAAAACAAUUUAUUCUACCUUCUGAAUAAAUAAUGUUAGGCACUCGAAAUAUGCAUGGAUCUCUUAAAUUGUCCAUAUUCUUGUCUAGUCAGACCGAUGAAAUAUCGGUGUCAGUCUCACCCACGUAUAGCCAACCCAUUUGGUAAUCAAAUAUUCACCGCCUAACGUCCCUGUUCACGCUCCUAAAAUCCUUAGUUUAUCUGUUGGUGGUAUCGUUUAUAUUCGAUAAAUAUCAGGUAGUACCGAAGCCUACUUUAUUUAUUUAGCCGAAAUAUUGUAAAACACUGGUCUUGGUAGUUUAUUGACACCUCCAUAGUAAUUUCUAUAUACAUCGCUGAUGUUGAAACCAACCAGGAAAAGUGGUUGAUUUACACUUGGCUUUGUGAAAUUACAGGUAAUUAUUAUGAAUUAAAAUCUGUAAUUACACUAGUGAUUAGUGUAGUACGAAGUUUUCAACUCCAUACAUCGUAAAUCGUCCAGAUUCAGAGUCAACAGCAGUCAAAUAGUUAAAAAGUUAGACAUUCAAACUGGUCUGUAUGACUGUUAGAUUUUUCGUCCACCUGUGUCAUGAUCCUGUAAACUGGUCUGGUUCCAUAUUUUGAAAGAUAUUCUACUUUGUUAGUUAUUUAUGCUUCUAUUCAAUAACGAUUCAUUCGUACGCAUGCGUCAAUAACUUGUUUUCUCUGAGCAACCGUAACUUACGAGCUCCACAUCAGUUUAGACUAGACUGUGUAGCGUUGUACGUCUCAAACAAAACUACUAUACCUUCUCCCCUCUUUAGCAAUACAUGACAGCACCCACAUCUUAGAGCCUAUAUUGUAUCAAGUUACAUUUAUUUUAAUCUUUUCUUGACAGUCCCGACCGUUGCUGCUACCUUGACGUGAUGGUUAGGUUUGCCUACCAUGCCAGUCGAGCUAUACUGCCUGGAACAAUCGUCCCUCAGGGUCCUACCAUGCUAGACUUGUUGAACGAAGAGCGUUAGAAUAAAAGCAGCAAACCCAAGGUCCGAGGGCGAAGUCGUACUGCUGACUGUACAGAGGUGUGACGGAAGUAAAGCGUUUCCUUUAAACAACCAGCAUAACAGAGAUGCUACCUUCCCACAAGGAAAGGUGGGGUUAGAAAAGGUCAACCGUAAAUAUACACGCCUCGCCUUAUCCCACGGAUAUCCGUCCCCAGCGGUAAGGCCUCAACAAGUACGGAGCUAACAUGAAAAUUACUCACAAAAAAGUCGUAUGUGACUGACUUCAAACAGUUGUCCCUUGGGCACUGCGGUCACACUCUCAAGUCACCAAGACCAUCCCUAACCCAAUUUUCUUCUCAGGUAACUAUGGAAAACCCUUCCACAUUGUAGGCAACCAGGAAGUGAUAACCACCCUCAUACCUCUAACAGCAGUCGAGAUCAGUGUAUUCAUAAUCAUUCUCCCUCUUCAACUCCUAUAAUUCCUCCUACGUCGACUUCUAACUAUAAACGUCCUCCUCAAGUGUCACCAUAGUCAACGGUUCUAGUGCGCGAAACACUCUCAGGUCUACUGAAACUUCGCUCCAAACUACAUGUUGGAGCCAUCAAUGUACUCGCCCUAUGUCAAAUCGACCAGCUGGACACCUUUACUAAAACGCUAGAAUUUUGUACCACUGGUGUAUGCUGUCUCCGAAGCACGCAUAUAGGAUCCCAGUGUGGUCAUCCACUUGACCUCACCUCGCCAAAAUGGAAAGCCUAUGAGACACACCCUCCGUGUAUCUGGCGACCCGAUAGCUAGUUCUCGUGGACUGACGUGUAGGCAUAGUACUAAGUAUGAGGUCAGAACAACCACUUUUAAGAUGGAUCCUUGGUAACAUUCGCCUAUGUGCUGUUCGUCUAAACGGCUCCGUAAGAACUCGAAAGGAUGGGGACCUUUUCGUCAUUUCUGCCUACGCCCCUACUGACUUCAGCAUAAGGAGAUAUCUAACAUGGCAACCCCCUGCACCAAACCAACGAUGGACUCAAAUAGACCAUAUUGCCGUCAGUCAUCGUUGGAUAGGCUCAAUAUAAAACUGUCGCUCGUUCUGGAAUACCUGUUUGGACUCAGAUCAUGCUCUAAUACGAGUACGCAUUUGCUUGCACCUCGCUGGAUGCAGAAAAACCACAUUAAGAAGACCCAUCAGAGUUGAACUCAGUGACCAACAAGCCAAAAGCAGAUUCCAGGAACAACUUAAGUCACACUUAGUCAAUUUUGAAAACAAGACUGAUCCAGAUGUUGUAUGGAAAGAUACACGAACAGCUUUGGAAACUGCAGUGACAUCUACUAGUGAUUUGAACCAAUGGGUUACGAAAAACUAGUGGGUUUCUGCGACAUCUAUUGCACUGGUAGAUUUUUGUAAACUCAUCCCAUCAGGCUCUAAACACGAUGAAGAGCGAAAACAAGUCAGAUCGAGGUUAACUAAACGUCUACGGAACGAUCGUGAGCAGUGGUGGGCAAAGAAAGCAAAAGAGAUGAAAAAGGCAGCGGCUGUAGGUUUCACAAGACAAAUUUUCCAGGCUUAUGAAAUAAACCGGAAUUAAGAAGUCAAAUGUAAGUGAUACGAUCUCGGAAAAAGACGGCACUUCCAUCUAUCCUCAUCCCAGACGUUCAGAACGAUGGGUGGAACACUCUGAGGAGCAGUUCAGCAAGCCUUCACCUACUCUACAACUACCCACCAUUCCCAAACAACCUGAAUGGAACAUUGAAGUGGGCCCCCAAACUCUAGUUGAAGUUCAAAAAGCUAUAGCUAAUCUGAAAUGACGAAGAGCAGGUGGUCCAGAUGUCAGUCAGUCAGUUAGCUAUAACGUAGGACUGGGCACAUAUAUGCAUCGGUCCAAGUUGCCAAACCUCAUUAGCGAUUAGGUUGACUAAUAUAUCAGCUGAAACCCGGGACUGGACGUAAUCCCAUCUGACUGGUCGCAAUCACUGGUCUUCUCAAUAUGUAAGAAAGGAUCGAAAUCAUCCUAUGACAAACCAUAGAGGGAUUAGCUUGACUAAUAUAGUGUCUAAAAUACUAGUCUCAUUAAUUAUCGGACACCUAAAAAGGACUCGUGAACUGAAAACACGAUAAAAUCAAGCUGGCUUUAGACCUGAUCGUGGCUACAUCAACCACAUAUUCACUAUUCUUCAGGUUUUAGAACACCUGUGUGCUUAUUGACGUCCGACAAUGAUAUUUUUUCCUUACUUAAAGACAGCAUUUUACUAUGUAGACCGAGAGGUUCUGUGACAGUCUGUCUCUGAAAGGCGUACCUCAGAGGUACAUAAACUUUGUGAAGGUUCUUUACUCGAACGCUACCAGUCGAUUCACAGCUUAUGGCGAACUGUCAUCUGGUUUUGUAACCUUAAGUGAUGUCUAACAAGGCUAUCUUCAUUAUUGUUCAACUUCAUCAUAGACCAACUGCUGCAAAUAACGUUCUUGUCGUCUGAAUUUUCAGAAAUUGAUCUCCUACCAAAAGGUUCACUUAUCAACCUAGAAUACACAUAUGACAUAGUCCUGCUUGGUGAAGACGCCGAUGAAAUGCAGUCUUAUAGUAGCACUGAGCAACAAUGCCAGGACGUUUGGGAUGCGUUUCUCCCCCUCUAAAUGCAAGUUAUUGCUUCAGGACUAGCGUGCAUCAACACCAGAACUAAGGAUAUGAAGUGAAGUAGUCGAACGCGUUGACAACUUUAUUUAUCUUGGAAGUCUGAUCAGCCGUAGUGGGUUGGUGUCUGACGAAAUCUCUGCACGGAUUGAGAAAGCUCGUUUGACUUUUGCCAACUUACGUCACCCAUGGAUUAGGCGAGAUAUCCGUCUAUCAAUAAAAAGACGAGUAUGUUGCGCGACAGUUCGUCCUGUUCUACUUUGCGACUGCGAAACGUAGCCAUUAAGAGAGGAUACUCGUAAGUUACUAGUAUUUGAUCACAAAUGUCUUAGAAAUAUUGCUCUCAUCUGCUGGAAUCAGGUAAGUAAUAGUGAGGUCAGACACAGAGUACAAGGGAAUGAUGAUCAAUCAGUCGAUGAAGAUUUACUUCAUCAACUGAGAUGAUUGGGCCACGUGUUGCGUAUGUUCAAUCACUAAUUACAACGACGCGCAAUGCUGAGUGAUGUUGGAGAGGGUUGGAAGUAAGUUAGGAGCGGCCAAAAAAACGUGACAUCAGUUCUUGGAGUCACUAACUUCUAGUCUGAGCCAUGUUGGUAGAUGCAGACUACUUGGUUGACGUCUGCGUGACUAUCACUUAUUAUUAUUUAUUUGAACACAUAAAUACUGGUACAAGGGGGCACCAAAUACAUAUGCGCCACACAAAUCUCAGUUGAUUUGUGUGAGGGCUGUGAUACUGCCCGGGUGCCAAAACCGAAGCAGGGGGUUUCCUUAGGGGGCCACACCCAGAGCCUUCGACCUGAAUGUCUGGUCCACAAGGCAGUGAAUCAUCGUAAGGAGAUACAGUCCCAUGGUAGCCUGUGACCAACAAUUGGUUCAUACGCCAUUUGUUCCUUCAGAGUACCGGAGCCCAUGUGCACCAUUGGUUCGGAAUCAGGGUUUUCCAAUUCCUCUAGGUGGGCUCUUCGUGUCCACCAACCCGGUUAGAGCGCCGGGCAUUCGCUUUUCAUCCUCUCAAUUCCGUAAACAACGCCCUCGCCACGAGAAGGCAGUGAGUAGGACUUCCCUGGCAGAUGCUAUAUACGCGUGGCCAUGUGAGAACAUUUCGAGAGGGAGAGCGAACUCUCCUCACUCUCGGCUGUACCAGGGCAUUCAAAGGCGCGUGACUAUCGUAACCAAUAGUUGGAGACUGGGUGACAGGGCUCAGAAUCGAUCACAAUGGCGUAAGUGUACACGCUCUUUGUCUUUCCUUAAACCAUGAGAUUAAAAUUGCUUUAUAUCCUUCUACCAACUAAUUCUUUCUUCCUGUACUAUGUUCUCUUACGAAAUGUUAUUUUAUUUUUACUACCAUUGAAGUAACGUCUAUCAAUUUGGUGUUCACCUUGUGCUAAUGAGGUGUGGCAAUUUGGAUCAUUGCAUAUAUGUGCCUGGUCCUACAUUGUAGCUGGCUGACUGACUUCCUUAAUAGUUUGUUAGUCGUUUUAUUGGUUUUCCAACUUCAACGUUGUGUUGCCAUAGGAUUUCCAGUAAAGCCCCACUGUGUUUACCCAGGUAUAAUUAUCCUUAAUUAUGAGUAUUGAUUCAUAAGACUUAAUUACAUUCGGUGAUUUAAUUGUGAUUAUUAUAAAUAACAUUCGAGCAUAACUGCUGUUGUCAUGCUGAGAUUGCACUUCAUGAAAUUUGUCAGGCGAUUCACCUAAGUUGGGAAUUUGUAUCCAUUGUUUGUGUAAAUCCUUAAAUAUGGGGGAGUUUUCUAAUUCUUUCACGUUACAUCAACAGAAUACGGGCAAAAUAGUUGAGCUUUUGUUAUGGCUACAUAUCUAAGGUCAUAAGAGUAUUGUGGAGUAUUAUGGAUUAUGUAGAAGUUUUUAUUGAUGAAAUUAAGCUUUUAUAUAUACCUUAGUAAAAUCAAUACUAGAUAUUGGUCAUCAAGUUGUCAGGGACUGAUUAGUUGGACAGAUGGAGUUAAAUUAAGGGAGCCUGGAUUACAGAAUAUAUGAGGUAUUUUUAUUACGUUGUCUGUUCUUAUAUCUUUUUCGACGUAAUCACAUUUAUUCGAUAAAGUUACAACUUUCUUUAGCACUUCGGACUAUCACUUACACACCUAUGUUAAAAAUGCUUUUUAUUCAAAAUAGUUUCCACUGAUCCUGAGGACUCACAUGAAGUUUUAACCUCUAAAAAUACUCAAAGAAACGAAUUCCUUCAAAUAUUGAGCGCUGUUUAGAAUUGGCUGAGUCGUAAACAACUCAAGAGUAAAGUUUCAUCGAUAACCACUUGGUUUUGCUAUUUGAAAAUCAAUCUGGGAUCAAUGAAAGAUUGUCAACUGAUUUUGCAUGAUGUUCCCGAAAACACAGAGUUAGGGAUUGAUCUGAAGUUUUGGAGGGUUGGCAAACACUUUAAAGGCAUCAAAGAUAUACCUCUAGGAGUACACUUUGUCUAUUAUAGUGCCGUAAAUUCAGACUGUAUGUCAGGUCAACGUGUUGGAUUCGUAGCAAAUUUCACUCAACCUGGUUUCAUUGUUAAGAAGUGGCAAAAAGAAAAAGAGGGUAAUUCGUUAUAUAUUGCUUAAAAGACCAAUAACUUUUUCGUCCUCUUGUCCAGAUUUCAUAGAUAUUAAUUUGACUGAUAACGAAGUAGAACGUAUUAUUUCGAAUUUCGAUGAAAUUUCUAUGUAUCUGGGGCAGUAUCCUGCGGAGUCGUAAGUCAUUUACACUAGGGUUGACUUAAACAAUUACCGUUUAAAGAUCAGAACUCUCAUUAUCGUGAUAUUUUCUUCUGUCGAAUUGUCGAGUUACUUAUCUUAUAGAGCCAUUAGCUUCCAUGGUAGCUUAUUUAGAUGUUUAUUGCUCUUUAAGAGGGUUAUAAUAUCCUAACGGAUACGCUUGAAACAUUUGCUUGAUAGGUUAUACAAAUGAGACAAAAAGGAUUCUCGAGAUUUAAGCUCGUUAUACGUUCUGUCGACGACUAACUCAUCUUUUGAACGAUCGCUUAACUUUCCUUUAACAUUUCUUUCUAUUGCUUCAAUAAUAUAUUUCGUGUAUCAUGUAACACUGAGAUGUUCUUAUGAAUUGAUUUAUUUAAUCCAUUUUUGUUUUUAUUUCCUUUGUUAUCAUAUGGAAUUUGAAUUUCGAAGUGAAACAGUAAUUUUUUAUGUGACGGUAAUUUGUGUUCUAAAGGUAAUAAUGAUAUCUUCAUUAUAAUUACGUACUAGUUGGAUUUUGAGUUUCAAAUAAUAUGACUCCAGUGUCAUAUUUCCUGUUAUCUUAAAAACUUUGUCCUGAGAGUUACUCAGAGAGGAGGAUAUUUUUUGGUUUCAGCGUUGUUUACCAAUAAAAAUUCUGCUCAUAGAUAAGUGAAAACCUGUUAGAUAUUGAAAAGCGCUGUGGUGGUGAUUAGUCCUAUCAAGUCCAGUGUAUUUAAAACUGUAUUGAUAUUAAUCUUUAUUGAAUUACUGAUUAAUAUCGUGUUACAGUGCAAGUAAAUGGAUUAAUGUGUACAUACUUUAUUAUGUUUUUUCAACUAUGUUUAAUAUUCACCAGAUUUGUCUCACAAACUGAGAUUCUCAGUUUUAUCUAGUUUCUAAUGUUUAGUUAUUUUAUUUUAGUAUAUCGUUUACAUCCCCAACUCUUUCUUGUAAAUCUAGACACAGAGAUUGGAUUUCGUUGUCUAAUUUUAUAACAACAUGUACAUUAACUCGUCUUGUUCCCUACUGUGGUCGUCUAUAUUCCUGUCCACACUUCUUAUCUGAACCCUCUAAUACCCAAGAACGCCUGGCUCUUAAAAAUUCCUAUACGACUAGCUGUCCAAAUAAAAAUUCAGAAGACCUCUUACCGAAUUUAUCUAUUAUUCCUGGUACAGAGGUACGUUUUACUUCAAUUCCAACAAAACCACUUUAUCCACCUCUUUCAUCUCCAUCGGAAAUCACUGCCCAUUGUAUGGAUCAAACAUAUACUCUUUGUACUACUAUGGACGUAAUCUUCUCGAGCAUCAGUUCAGAAAAGACCAGUGGCUUAAGUAAGGAUCUGGAAUCUGCUCGCGAGCUGCUCGGUGAAUUUCAAUUUGCUUUUCUCAAUUUAUUAUUAAAUCAUUCAAUGGAAGGCUGGGAACAGUGGCGUCGUAUAUUCCAAUUACUCGCUAAUUGUGAGAAAGCGAUUGUUAAUUAUCCUAAUUUGUACAUUGACUUCAUUACAGUUAUUUAUCACCAGUUAACUAAUGCAAAUAGAUCAGAGGUGUCAAGUAGCAAUUCAGCCGUGGAGCUACUCGAUAUUUUCUUUUCGGAAUCAUCUAGCUCAAGUACACAGUGGAAAUUAACCGAACCUGGCUUUUUACCAACUAUGAUUGGGCGUCUUUUGAAAAAUAUCUAUUCUGUUUGUACUUCUGAUAUAACUAACAAAACAUGUCCCAGUGAAACUAGUAAUAUUCUGAAAGAUCUCUUUAAACGUACAGAUGGCUUUGCUCAUAGCAUAAAACAUCGAUUCAAAUGGGAUAUGAUCACUUCAUAUCAGUUAUUACAAAGGUGUACUCCAAAUAUAACCGAAAUUCCUAUUGAAGAGUUUGACUGGGAUGGAGAUGAAGCACCUGUCAUUGUACAGCUGUAAACAAGUCUGAAAUAAAAAUUAUUUCCAAUUUUUUAAUCAGACUUUUUGUCUGUGUUCAUUGCUGCGUAUUUAGUCUGUUAUAAUAUUUUAAGACAUAUUAUUUUUACUACCCUCGUUGCUCGCGUGUUUGCUUCACUUUAGAACCCUGUAGUUGAAAUUAGCGCGUUUUUAAUGAUUGUUGAGUGCGAAGUGGGUAUGCCAAAUAGAGCUUUGUAAUUUCAAAGCAAAUAAAGCUACUUCAAUUAUUGCUAUAUAAGAGAGAGGUGUGAUCAGUUAAUGUACUUCCAAUUUUUGACUUACUAUCCGCUAAGAUCCCAUAUUUAGUUCAUCAAUUUAUUUAUUUAUUUGAACACAUAAAUAUUUGUACAAGAGGGCACCAAAUAUAUAUGCGCCACACAAAACAAUGAGAAUUCGAAGAGAAAGAAAAGAAGGUAAGGAGCGUGAAAAAAGAACAAUAACGAACAGAUUAGUGUAAGGUAGUGUAAUAAUAAUAAUAAUCGUAAUAAUUGGGGAAACGGAAAGGUACAAUGAGAAGGAAUCUUUCAGUUAAGGAAAAAACAACCAUUUUCUAUGAAGAAAGUAAAAGAAGUUUACAGCAGGAUCGCCACUGGCUUCUAUUCUGAGCCAUAUCUGAUAACGUCUCUAGCUACUAUGUUGCGCCAUUUCUAGGACCCCAGCCAGGGAGUCGCAAAAGACCGACAUAAGGCAGUCUUAUACAUCCUUCUUUCAUAUUACGACACCAUGUCGUAGACUGACCACCUCUCCGCUUUUUCCAACCAGUCCCAGAGUCGGCAAAUAAUGAACGGUGUGGAAUUCUCUGGGAUGACAUUCGUAGAACAUGUCCAAGCCACCAAAGUCGGUGUUUCAAGAUGGUGACACCAAUUGAAUUGUCGUCUCUGUGCCCGAACACACGAUGCCGAACUUCUACAUUACUGACAUGGUGUUGCCACUGGAUGUCAGCAAUCCUUCGGAGACAGCGAUGAUCGAACACAGAGAGUCGUCUAACAUCCUGAACUCGGAGAGGCCAGGUUUCACAAGCAUAGAGCAAAACUGCUAUCACCGACGCGCUGUAGAUUCGACCUUUUACAGCCAGACUAACAUUACGAAGGCGCCAAAGGUGGCCCAGAUUGACAUAAGCCGCUCUGGCUUUCACUAUACGUGCAUUGAUCUCAUCACUCACGCCACCACCAGCACUUAUGCAUCUACCCAGGUACACAAAUUCCCGACUACUUCUACCUGCUCACCACCCAAAGUGAGUACAGGAUUAGAAUCCUGCCAGUCUUGUAGAAGUACUUGGCACUUCGAAGGUGCAAGGCACAUACAAUACCUACGGACACUGAUUGCCAACUGAUUAAGUGCGGAUUGCAUGCCUUGGGCAUUGUCGCACAGUAAGACAAUAUCAUCCGCAUACUCGAAGUUGAGAAGUCUUUCUCCAGGCAACAGAUCCACACCACCAUUACUUACAUCCAUCAGAGCUGUUUCCAGAAUGUCAUCGAUGGCAAAGUUGAAGAGGAAUGGUGAGAUUGGGCAAACCUUGCCUAACUCCACUGCUCGAAUAGAACAAUGGAGAAAGGUGGUUGUAUGCCCUCACUCUGCCUGAGGUGUUUGUAUAUAGAGCUUUUAGGAUGUUAAUAAACUUCUCAGGCAUACCCUUCUUCAAUAGACAAUCCUAGAGAACAAUCCUGUCCAACGAAUCGAAGGCAGCCCUGAUGUCAAGAAACACUACGAUUGUUGGCCUGUGAUAUGUAUGACGGUGUUCUAACAUUUGGCGUAGGGUGAAGAUAUGAUCAAUACAUCCUCGACCAGAACGAAACCCAGCCUGCUCCUCACGAGUCAAUCUUUCUCGGGUUUUGAACAACCUACGAAGUAUGACGGAGGCCAAUAGCUUGGACGCAAUCGGAAGUAGACUUAUCCCCCGAUAGUUGUUACAGGAACGACGUGAACCCUUUUUAAAGAUUGGGACAACUAUCGACUCAUUCCAUGACGUUCGUACACUCUCUAGUUCCCAGACCUUUGUAAACAACGUCGUCAAUUCCUCAGCCAGAAAGUCACCACCAUCUAUAAAAAGAACCGAAGGUAAGUCAUCUGGACCCAGUGAUUUGUAGCGCUUCAAGAGUUGGAGUUCCUUGCGGACUUCCGCAUCAUUUGGUAGAUCAGUCAUCACCGGCCAUGGAGGGCAGAACAGUCCGACCGAUGUUGCUGGAGCAGCAGGCUAGUUGAACUACCCUUCAUAUAAUUCUGCCCAUCGUCCAAGACGUCGAUGGAUGUUAGUGAUUGGCAUCCCGUCAUCCUCGCUCACACCAGACUUCUUGCUGCCAGUGGCUCGGAUGAGUUGGAAAAGCUUCCGGUAGUUACCAGAUGCAACUGCUGCUUCCAGCUCAUUAGCACGCUCCGACCACUAGGCUUCUCGGUCCUUGCACAAGCUUUGCCCGAUUUCAUUACGCAACACCCUUCGUUUGUGGUCAAACUCACGGUCACCCGGAGUAGACCGACGGGCUUCGAUGAGUUGUUAGGAGCCUAAAGAAACUCAGUGCUUAUAAGCGGGACGUUUCGCGAAGCCGCAAGCAGCUGUACUCGCCAUUUUCAUGGCGUCGUGCAGUUGCAACCAAUGCUCAUCUAUACUUUUCGGUGGAAUGGUAUCUAGCCUAGGAGCUAGCUCGGUUCGAUACUUACUUGCAACAGAAGUUGCAACCAGCUUGCUAACAUCAAUCCGUUGGUGGCGG